CGUGCCGUGAGUAACGAACAAGCUUAUGCGCCUGCCGCAAGGAAAAACGUGUUUAAUACAACAAUAAAAUUAAUAAACUACAAUAAAUAUAUACAUAUAUACAAAUACUAUAAAGUGCAACCCAAAAAAUUACUAAAAGUUAACAACAUCGGGCCAGACAUAAAAAGCGCGCAGUAAAACUUUAUGCGUCUUAACCGUGCAAAAAAAAAAAUACCAGAAAGGGCAGAAAGGAAAAGCAAGCUAGAACGAAAAGUGCUGAUCCAAUGACAAUUCGCAAUAUACAUGCUGAAAAGCCAUUUUUUGUGUGAUUUUAUUGAGUGAUAAUUUGAUAACAAUACGCAACAGCAACAAUAAUAAAUAGGCGACUCAUAUGCAUAUAGAUUGAAUGUGCGAGCAGCGCGUCCAAAUGUAAACGUGUAUCUGUGUGCGUAUGUGUAUGUGUAUGCGCGCGGCCAGUGAAGAUGCGCGAAAAUGUCAAUUAAUUAACAACAACAAACUGGGGCCAAAAGGUGCGAAUGAAGCGCAAGAAAAAGAAAAAUCAAUAGACAGCAGAAUGCAAAAAUGUGUCGAUAUUAUAAUUCAAGUGAAAAUCAAAGCGACGGCAGCGGCAAAGCCAAAAUCAACGCUAUUAAUAAAUAAUAUAGCUGCCGCUGCUGCCGUUGAUGCUGCUGCUGCGACAAGCGUGAACGCGUCGCCUACGCAAAUGAUGCGUUGCAUAUGCGAAAUUGCGUAAUUUUUGGCAUUGAAAAGUUUAAAAAGCCAAAACUCAAAGUUUACGUUUAGAACCAACGCUUAAAGUUCACCACACUCGCUCGCUCUCACUCCAAUAUCUCUCUGGUUGUGUGUUUACCUCUGCUGUAAAUUCCGGUCGCGCGCGCUCUCUUUCUCUCGUUAUCUGUGUGCGUGUGUGUGAGGCUGUGUAUAGGAAGGCGGCAUGGCAGCCGCAACAGAUGGCUCUGCCAAGACGGCUGCGGCUGCGGCUGCUGCGUCCGCGUCGCAGCCAUUGACUGCAAAUGGCAACGGUAAAUCGCCAAAGCUUAAAAUCAAUUCACCAGCGACGGCCACCACAGCCGCCUCAACAACGGCGUCCACUUCAUCCGGCCUGCCGGCUUCGGUUUCGCAUUUUUACUACAAGCACGGCUUAUUUCUAUCCAGCUAUCCAACAUGCGCCUCCAGCAUUGCUCUAAUGGCGAUUUUGCUUUCGUGCUAUCCACUGAUCAACAUACCGUUACCUGGCACCAUACCCACCAAAAUUGUGCUGCCCUACGAGGGACGCUACACGCCUCUCUUUGGCGAAACGGAUGCAACAGCCGCAUAUAACCAAAGUGGAGCCAGUGCAUCAGCAUUCAAUGGCAGCAGCAGCAGCGGCGGCAGCGGCGGGAGCAGCAACAGUGGGAGUGGCGGGGGCGGCGGGGGUGGCAGCAUGCCCUGGGCGCAGAGCAGUCCGGCGCUCUAUGUGCAACAGAUAACCCUGCGGGCGAGCGUUUUACCCUGGACCGAUGAGAUGCAGCUAAUGGAUGCGUUUCGAGCGCCGCUUCAUGAAGUUUUUAAAUUGCUUGAAAUUGUGCGCAAUCAUCAGAGCAGCGAGAAUCAGCGCACACUGGAGCAAAACUGUCUGCAUGUCGACAAUGUGAAGCGCGGCGCCCAGGGUCAAUUGGAUCAGAUCUUUCCGGAAUAUGGCUGCCUAUUGUUAUCGCCAGCAAAUCUAUGGGCACAGAAUGCACAGAAUUUUACCAGAGAUACCAAUAUACUAAAUACAAUCUUUCAGUAUCAUAAUUUGCAAAAAUCGAAAGUGUCGACGGCGGAAAUGUUAUUCGGACUGCCGAUGCAGGAUACUGGAUUCAAACGUUAUCCUUUGCGUGCUCGCUCCCGCAUUAUACAGUACGCCAUGACGCUGAUCCUGAACAAAAAUGAUCCGGAGUAUUUGGAAACGCUGAAGGAGAAACUGUUGAGCUUUUAUCCGCCACUGAGCCCAGCGCCGGCCACAGCCGAUGUGGAGCCGUUGACCAUAACGUACAUCUUCUAUCCGGGCGAGUUGAAAAUCUGGGAAUUUCUGCCGUUAACCGUGGCAUUUGUUUUGGUCUUUGCCUAUGUGUACUUCUCGGUGCGCAAGAUCGACGUGUUCCGCUCGCGUGUGCUGCUGGCGCUUUGCAGCGUGCUGACCACGUUGGGCAGCCUGGCCAUGUCGCUCGGCUUGUGCUUCUUCUUCGGGCUAACCAUAUCGCUGCAGUCGAAGGAUAUAUUCCCGUAUCUGGUCAUAUUGGUGGGCCUGGAGAAUAGCCUAGUUAUUACCAAGAGCGUGGUGUCCAUGGAUGAGACAUUCGAUGUAAAAAUACGUGUGGCGCAAGCCUUGAGCAAGGAGGGCUGGCAUAUAUCCAAGACGUUGCUCACGGAGAUCACCAUCUUGACCAUUGGACUAGCCACCUUUGUGCCGGUUAUCCAGGAGUUUUGCGUGUUUGCCAUUGUCGGCUUGCUCUCGGACUUUAUGCUGCAAAUGCUGUUGUUCUCCACCAUACUGGCCAUGAAUAUCAAGCGUGCGGAAUAUACCACGGAGGCCAAGCAUUUGCCCAAGAUGAUGCUUAGCUGUACGCUGGGCAAUGGACAGGCUGGCGCCGGUUCGUUGAGUCGACAGGAUUUCCGUUUCUUUGGCGCUGCACCAUCGCCUAUGUUGCCCUUUGUUCCCGGCACUUUCCAACGCUCCCAAUCCCAUCCCAAGCUUUGCUUUGCGGAUGCUGGCGAUCGCGCCCAACUGGUCAACGGACAUGCCGCGCAUGUGGGACAGGAGGCGCGCAUACCCAAGCGCAUUAAGAUUGUGAACUUCUGGGCGCGUACACGUUUCUUUCAGCGCGCCUUCAUGAUCUGGAUGAUCGUAUGGAUCUGCUCCAUUCUGUACAACUCGGGCUGCUUGGAGCAGCUGUUCAGCAUGCAGAGCAAUGGCACCAUGAGCACCGCCUACGAGCUGCAGCGUCAUUUGCAGGCGACUCGCGGCGCCGUCAGCAGCUUCCUCAAGGGCUUCAAGCCGACGGGCGAGCGUCUGGGCAGCACAGCCAGCUAUGUGACCCCCGCAACAGAGCAGCCGUUGCACGAUAUCAAUGAGACGGAGGCGGAGAUGAUGCGUCUGCGUUAUCCCAACUUUGAGCUAAACUAUUUUCUGUCCAACUUCCACUGGUCGACCAUUAUGAAGCAGUACAAUGUCUCGCUUAGCGGACAAUAUGUGACGCUCCUGCCCACCAUACGGCUGACGCAUGCCAUAUCCCCGGAACUGGCCACGGUCUUGCGCAAUCCGCAGGAGCAGUUGCAGCAGAAUUUUCAAUGGAAAGCUUUGGCUGCCGCCUUGGAUCCUCUGGACUUCAAUGAUGACGAUGCACGUCGGGAAUCGCCCAUGGUCAUGGCUGGCGGCACGCCGUUAGUGCCCAAGAGUCCCAUGGAGAUCUUCUUUGCCAUUUUGCUGUGCUGCAUCAGCAUCUUUGUGCUCUGCUAUACGAUGGUUGUUUUCUAUCGCUGCAUCUGCACGCGCAACUAUGCCGAAUGGCGUUCCAGCUGGCACGAAUCGGAGGCACCCUACAAGCAAACCGAACACAUACUGGAGGGUGUGCCCACUAAAAUAGCCGGCCACAAGCAUCGCAUCGAGUGUUUGGCCAGCGAUGGGAACUACAUUAUUAGCUGCUGCCUCAAGGGUCAGAUACGCGUCUGGGAUGGCCGCACCGGCCAGCAAUUGGCCAACAUUGGACGCAGCGAUAUGCAAAUAGCGCAUCCACGUCAAGAUGGGCAGACGCUGUUGCGCAAGCUGCCCACAUCGCCGGUCUGGUGUCUGGACUACUUCGAUAAUCUCAUUGCCGUUGGUUGUGCCAAUGGGCGUGUCGAGCUGUGGGAGGUUCCCGCCGGUGUGCUCAAGUGUGCCUAUCAGGAGGAUGCCAAGCGUAAUCAGGGCAUUACGCACAUUCAUUUGAACGGUGACCGUGUUAUUGUGGCGCGCCUGAAUGGACGGCUGGAUUUCUAUCGCCUGGAAACGUACUACAAGGGCAAGCAGAUCGAUUGGGGAUUUACGUCCGCCUACAGACGCACACACGUGCGCACCGGUUCCACGGGCAGCAUCGGGCUGAUGAUGCAGCAACAGCAGCGUCAACAAGAUGCGGCACAGAAGACCACCAAGGAGGAAAUGAAGAUAACGCUGGAGGGUGUGCGUUUGGCACACCAGCAGCCAAUUACCUGCAUGCAGGUGGUCAAUGACAUGGUCUUCACGGGCAGCCAGGAUCAUACGCUAAAGGUGUAUUGCCUGAACAAAUCAGAUGUGGAGUACACCCUACACGGGCAUUGUGGUCCUGUGACCUGCCUGUUCGUUGAUCGCUGGCAGCCCGGCACUGGCGGCUCUGGCUCGCAGGAUGGGCUGCUGUGUGUCUGGGAUCUAUUUACGGGCGCCUGCAUGUACAAUAUACAAGCGCAUGACGGGGCCGUCAGUUGCCUGGCCUGUGCGCCCAGCUAUGUGAUCUCGCUGGGCACCGAUGAGCGCAUCUGCGUGUGGGAACGCUUUCAGGGCAAUCUGCUGACCACCAUCAAAAUCUCGAAUGCCUAUUCGAGCUUGUUAAUGCUGACGCCAUCACUGCUGGUCACCAGCAAGAUGGGUUCGCUCAUUGUGUGGGAUGUGCGCACGGGUCAGCCGGCGCGCGAGGUCAAGCUGGACUUUGCCAAUUUGCAGCUGUGCCCCAAGUUCAUGAUGCUCGCCUGCGACUCAGUGGUCUGCGACUAUGGCAAUGAGAUACGCGUCGUACGCUUUCCCAUUGUGGCCGAUAAAUGUCAUUAGGAGGAAGACAAGAAUUUAAAUUUGUAGAUCCUAACGUUUAGGUAACAAUUUGCUCUCUGUUUGAUUUAAUCUAAAAAUGUAAUCUUACUGACGCAUUCAUUAAUUUAAUUUAUAACUUUAGGGAUUAGAUCUUUAUCUCUAUUCACCAGUGGCGUUGUGUAUAUUCCUUUAUGCUACGUAACUAUAGUUAUAUAUUUUAUAAUUGUAUAAUACAUAUGUAUGUCUGAUAAUUACUAUACGAUAUCGCUAAAUGGAAUAUAUAUAUAUAUAGAAAUAUGUAUACUAUAUAUAUUUUUGCAUAACAUAAUACAUAGUGUCUUAAAGCGCCUCAGCCUAACAUUAAAUGACUAAAUAUUAAAUUA